CUUUCGCGAAGAACCACUGGAAGAACUGUUGUCCCAUUCUUUCUGCCUCCAGUUAACCUUCGUGCUCACAUAGCGAAGAAGACAACUCGGUCGGGCCGUCUGCAGGCAUAAAGUGUUCUGACUUUUUCGAUCCAGUCACCGCCAUUGAGGCCCAGGAACGCACAUAGAGAAAUUUAUUUUUGUUAGGCGAGUGUUCGUGUGCGAAAAUUGAAGGUGAAAAUCCGUGCGUCGUAUGCGUGGCCGGGUUUGGCCGACGUACGGAGCGAAAGGACGCAGAUAAUUUUGAACAGGGAAAUUCAAUACCCAAGUCGGUGGUUCUCAUGAAUUCCUCGUCAUCUCUGGAGCCGCCCUCCAAAACUACCAGUGAGAAACUCGUCGGCCGCUCUCGUCUGUCUUUUAAGAAUUUAACUGCCUGCCCGCUGAAACGAAGUACGGCUUCCGAGAGAGUCGCUGAGCGACUCCAUCGGUUUUUUCUUUCCACCUGUCGCAAGCUGUGGGUUAGCGCACCUUUUUCGCGGCGAUAUCUUCUCCGUUUUUCGAAAGAGCUCGUUGGUGCAACGCACAGCUGUGUCCUAACCCACAGUUCACCGUCGAGGAAGCCUCCGUAAUAGAAGCCGACUUCAUUGUGCCUGUCUGGCCCUCCAGUGUACAUACACCGGAGAGGGGCGGGCUGCCGCAAGCACUCGUCGGUCUUGUUGUUCCGUUCGAGGAAAUGGUGUGCUCUGGCCCGCAUUCAGAAGAGCAGGCGUGUUUUGCCUUUGCUUUUCAGUUUGCGAACCUAGAGGCUGCCAGCAGCACAUUUUAAUUUCUCCUUCUUUGUUUUUGGUUUCUCCCUGUCCGCUGCUGUUUGCCAUUCUGUCUGGGCGUGGAGGAUUAGAUGCGGCACCCGAGGUCUGCAGCCAGUUCUCGCCAGCCUGCCGUACUUCUGUGCAGACGGCCUUUGGAAGAAGCAACGGAGAGACUCUGGGAGAAAACUCAGUGCAGGUUGAGAACGCUGCACUCUCGACGCGGCUGACGGAGUGUACGUACACCGCGUCGGUGGGCAGCGAAGGCCGGUCGUGCAUUAACACACCUACCUAUAUUCACGGUUGCUCGCUUCCUUUUUUCCUUCCUGGCAGAGAUCCCUUUCUGUCCCCUACAUCUUCUCCUUUCUCCCUUUUUUCUGGAUCCAAAAUGAAUCAUGUCGCCUCUUCUUCGUCGCUACUUUCGUCGGCUUCGAGUCCCUCGUCCCCGUCGUCUCAAGAGUGGGCGUCGCGGACUGAGGUUCUGCCGCCUCCGCCUCCUUUCGCGUGUCCCCCUCCGCACUUGACGCCUCUGCUCGGACAGAUUCGUCUAGAACCAAAGCUUGCUGAGGGCGCCGGGAGCAAGAAACAGGACAGAGAGCCUCUCUGUGAUGACUCUUCAAGACAGAGCAGCCCCGGUCUCGGCAAGUGGACUCUGCCCGAGGAAGCGCUCCUUUUUGAUCCGUUCGCCGACGGAGGGGAGGGCGUGCAGGCCGCCGCGGAGACGCUGAGUUCCGUCUCCUCGCUGUCUUCACCUGCCUCCGGGGGUAUCGGCGGGGAGGGCCGCGAACCGGGACCGGCUAGCGAACGGCUUAUAUUCGGAAACUCGCCGAUCAGCGAAGUGGAGCAGGCGGCGAUCGACAAAGUCGUCGCAGAACUCGAGAAGGCGCCGGGUCGCCUCACGGCUUCAAAGGACGGAGAGGGGAACCAAGCAGACGGACACAGAAUGUGGAUCGAACAGCUCAUCCUUCGCUUCCUUUACAGCAGCGGAUUUGACGUGAACAAAACUCUUGACCUCAUGCAGUCCACGCUUGUCUUCCGCAUGCAACACCUCCCGGUGUACAUGCACGAGGUGCUGCCUCAGAUUCGCGACCUAGGCGUCGCGUACUGGCACGGUCGAGACAAAUGUCUCCGGCCGCUGUUGAUCAUUUGCGUAGACAAAAUGCAGCGCGUUCAGCAACAGUCGGGACGGGACAUUGAAGAAGACCCUGUUACGCGUGCUCUCAUUUUCUGUCUGGAAUUCUUUCUCAGACACCUGUGUGUAGCGGGGCGCGUGGAGUCUUGGUCGAUUUUGUGCGACUGCAAAGGGACGUCGUUUUCCGCCUUUCCCGUCGCGCUGCUUCUUCGGCUUUUGACUCUUCUUCAGUCCACGUAUCGGGGCCGGAUGUAUCGUUUUUAUCUCCUGAACACACCCCGGUUUUUCCACAUGGUCUCGCGGCCUCUCUUAGCCGCUCUGCCAGCGAGCAGCGCGAAGAAGCUCCGCAUCUUUAGGAGUUUUGACGCUUGGACAGAAGAGAGAAAAGCCACUUUCGCCUGUCACCAACUCGAAGUCAAGUACGGCGGGACGCAACCUAAUGUCGAAAAGGAUUGGUUCCCGUUUCGUUUUUUUCCUGGACCCUUCGAUCCGAACACGUCAGAGGCCGAGAUCCGGUGGCACAGUCCGCCGUUUCUCCACGAAGAGGCGCCGCCUUCUGUCCAUACGGGCUUCUCUCUGCACUCCUCUCUCUCGCCCCAGAGUGUCUCUCCGCCGUCUCCCUGUGGCUCGACGGCGACUUCCACUCCGACGUGCAGCGGCGAGGCCAGGCGGCCGCUGCUUGCGUCUCCCGCAGAGUCUCCAGAGCCCGUUUCUUCGGCGUUUCCUACGUCUCGCUCUUCUUUCGUCUCCGAAACGUCUCCGAGGCGAAGCGGCGUUCUAUCGGGGAAAGGCGGCGACCGCGUGAGGCCUGCGCGCUUCGCCUACUGGGCUCCGUCGAUUCGCUUCCUCUCUCUCCCUUCGACAACUGCUGAGUGGCUGAACAGGAAAUUCUGCAAGUUUGAGGAGCAACAGGGCGCAGCAGGACAGCCUUCACGCUUGCUGCCGCGGGCAGCCUCGGCUUCCCCUUCCGAAACGUCGCCUGGGGAGCUGCACAGGUCCCCCUCCGUCACUGAGUCUCCUGUCUCCCCCCAGGCUCUUGUCUCACCCGCCUCUGCCCUCUCGGCGUCGCCUGGGUCGCGCGCCGCACUGCUCUCUCGGCCGCCCUCAGACACGUCGCCGUCACGCUCUGCUUCUCUUCGUACGAGUGAAGUUUGCUUCUCUCCGACUACGUCGAUGGAGGAGGUGCGCGAGCGCUGGGCCGCUGAGAAGGCCGCGGCCUACCAAGAAGAACGAGAAGGGCCUCAGAGAAUGAGCUUGGCGGAGAUCUGCGAAGGAGACGUCUCCGGUCUGGACAGAGAACUUCAGGGAGACGGGGACCCAGAGGACGCAGAAGAGAGUGAAAACUCUGAGCACUUGGGAACUGCAUGCGACGCGGCGGUGGCCGAACAGCCGUCCGAGUGCCUCGGAAGCGAACGGUGCUCCGAGGAGAAAACAGAUACAGGGCAGGAAGUCGAUGCCGGGAGACACGGCGAAGGAGAAGAAGGGAAGCCUUUAGGAUGGAGAGUCAGGGAGGCAGGGGAGAGUCCGACGGUGGAGAUGGAGAGGGGGGACGCUGGCCUGUGGGGAGAGAGGGGAACUGAGGGGAGAGAAGAAGAGAUCUCGAAGAGUCGGAAGACCGUUUACGGGGCGGAGACAGUUUUCCCUGCAGGGCCUGCCGCCAAAUCUGGGGAAAAUGUGUGCAGCGUCAACGAAAGGUUUCGGAAAGAUUCUGAAACGUCUUUGCCAGCGGGCUUGUCGGGUGACGCUGUCGAGCACGCAACUCUCGACCGCGAACGUUUCGCUGCGGUGCCUCCGGAGGGCAUGCCGAGGAAACGGCGGGGAGAACGGUUCAAAAGAAGAAAGAAGCGAGUAAAGGACGACGAGCCGACGCUGUCUCUGUCGGCGUCUUCUUCGCUGGCCUUCGUUCUGUGGAAACGAAGAGUUCGGCACUCCGGAGAGGCGACUCCGGGCUUCUCGAAGGAGCGGCUCGGCGGCCUCCGUGUCUGCACAAUUGAACGGCUUGCUGAGGAAGGACUCUCGGAGGCGAAGCAGCAGCCGCGGAAGGGACGCAGGCGCCUGCGUCCAAGAGCGAAGAACUCCAGUCUGUCGAGUGCGCCGCUCGCGUCUCGAUCCGUCUCGAGUAUCUCCAAGAGACACGCCAAGGCGCUCCAUGAGGAGACACGUGUCUCCUCCGCACCGGCCGCGCUCGCGGAAGACUGCCGGGGCCAGGAGACACCUUGCAGAUGGCGUAGCGGGUGGCGCGCGCGAGAGGACGAAGACAGUGGUUCUUCGGCGAGUCGCAGGCUUCUCGGUGCGCGAGAAGGCGAGAAAGAGAAGAGAGAACUGGAGGAGGCGAUUCCCGCACAGGUCUUCAGCCAGCUGUCGGCCGACGCCCAGGAGACAGGGGUAUAUACAGGCGUCUCUCCCUCGAUCUCCUCGGUCCGGCGCUUCGCGGCCAUCUCCGGGGCUGUGACCCGCAGGGCGGCGACCGCCCCCUGGCGGGCCCUGCGACUGGGGCGGUGGCGCCUUCAGUUCGCGGAAAAAGAGAACCGAGGAGACACGCAGCUGGAUUCGCUGGAAGAGGCGUACGACGAGCUUCGCCAUCCUGGCGAAGCCUCGCGGCCCCGCUCCUGGACGAAAGGAGACUGUUUGUGGGCUUCGCCCGCGCAUGCUCGCCGGUUGUGUGGUGGAACCUCUCCUGAAGCGCGAGGAGCCACUGGAGACAUCGGAGGAAGGUGCGUUAGCGAGGGCGUUGCAAGAAGAGAGGAGGUAGGCCGAGGAGAGAGAGCUCCUGACAGUCGACGACGCUCGUUCCAAGGACUUUCUCCAGGUUCCUCUGCUUCUCUGUCGGCGUCGCCGCCCGGCGCGGGUGUCUCCGAGUUUGCGCUGUCGCCCCGCGUGCGCCCAGAGAGGCUCCCGGAAGCUGUGGGAGGGUGCCGCCGGCGGCGUUUUCUCUCGCGAAGGUCUUCGCGCGGACGCGGACUCAAGGAGAAGCGGGAGAGCGCUGGAGAGAGGCCGGUCCCGAUCGUUCAAAGUUUCGGGGGACGCAGCAGACGGUGGCUGCGGAAGCAAAGAUCUCUCGACUCCCAUCGCGGCCCGCAACUCUGCAAGGCGAGUUCGACGCCCAAGCCAGGUGCGCACGGCAUGCUGUCUUCUCACGCGUCCUCCCUGAGCUCUGCUGCGCGCGCAGGUGAUGGCCUCGCAGCUUCCAGGAGUCUCUCAAGGAAGCAGUUCAACGCAGAGACCGCCGCUGCGGUGGCAUUCGGCGCUUCUUCCCGACGACUGACGGUGGGUGGUCAAGACAUGGCGGCGACUGCUCGUCUUGAUGAAGGCUGUCAUCCCGCGCCAUGCGGCAGCGAAAGUGCAUGCAGAGGCGGCAAGUUCGCGAGAGGAGGACACCAUGGCGCGGGACGUUCACCUUCGCGGGGAGAAGGGAAGGGGGCUUGCGACCCGGCGCCGUCACUCCCUGGAAGGCUGUCUCCCUUUUCGCGGUCUCUCAAUGACGUCUCGCCUGCAUGCAGCGCCGCGACCGCGCUUGCAGACAGUCCGCCAGGCGGAGGCAGAGGAGGCAAGAAAUCGAGGGAACGGACAGAGAAGGAAGGUGCAGCAGACAACACUCAGGCACUGUUGGAAGACCUGUCUCCACCUUCACCCUCCCAGAACGCGCCGCUCAAAGAGGCGGCCGUUCAGAACAACCGGGGUCUGUCAGAGGGGCGAACUGCAGCGAGGGCUCUAGAGGCGGCAGAGGGACCGUCGACGGGAAACGUCGGUUCGGAAUUUUUUGAAAGAGAGGCGCUUUUCUCGCGACAGUCUGGGAGUUCAGAACAGUCUCCGUCUUCUUCCCACGACGUCCCUGCGAAGGAGACGCUUUCGCUCGACAGAGGUGCAGGCUCAGUCGUCAGAGAGAAACAGAGCGCCAAUAUGGAGGUGGACACCGAGUCUGUUGACGCGAAAUUGAAGUCAGGGAAAAACUCGAGUCUGCCUGCAUUGUCCAGCACUCUGAAGAGUUCUGUACAGGGCCCUUUGUCUCCACUGCGUGAAGACGUCGCGCGCGAGGGCGUCGAGACACCCCAGUCGGAGAAUGGCACGAGCGUGGAGGUGGUGAGCUUCGCGGUGCGCAGCGAGGUAGACAGUCAGGUGGUGUGUUCAGACUCGCAAGAACAGACGGAGGAAGAAGCAGCUGACGCCUCAGACGAGCGCGACAGACUUCCACCUCGAGACCUGAAGGUCGAGGAGGAGGAAACAAUUUUUCGCGUGGAAGCUGCUCCAGAAAGCCGGUUCGAAAAAACCGUCGAAAAAGAUGUGCGUACACCCAAAGGAGGCCCCGGAGUUGCCGCGCCCAAGCCCCUGUACGCGACAGCGGCAUUUCGUGGAGCGGAGAAGGACAGUCGAGAGUUUCAAGGUCCAACCGGAUUGGCAGCGCUCGCUUUGCGGAACGGAAAGGAUUCGCAGGUCGCGAACACGCACUUAGAAGCCACAAACAACAACCUCGUGUCCGGAUCGGCGCCAGGGUCCGCUUCGGCAGAGGCGUCGAUCUCGAGCGCGAGCUCUGCAUGCAGUCGACCUCGACUAACUCAGACAGAGGGAAAUGGUGGAGACGCCGUGGCGAGCACGGACGCGCCUGAAGCUGCGGAGAACUGGGGACGAGGUGGCAUCCGAGAGGGAGGACCUCAGUGGACUGCAGGCGAGAGGGGAACCGUACUUCGCGACAAAAAAGUAAACAGAUCGCUUGAUCCGAAGGCUGAACAAGACAGAGAAGGGACAGAGGAACACGACGGGUCUCGGUCAGCCGGACGCGGAGAGGGUCUCUGUUCCGCCAAGAGUGACUGCGAGAGCCUGAGCGAAAAAAGAGCAGACGAGAGCAAAGAGGGAAAGUGGACAGAGGGCGAAGAGGGUCGAGAGGGAUGGAAAGAGACAGGUGACGUCGGGCCGAUCAGGAAGGCUCGAGGGAAGAGACAAAGACUCAAGAAAACGCUCGUCGCCUGCCUCUGGAAAGCGCGAGAGACGUCAGAACCGGGCACACUUUUCGACGAUGGCAGUGGGGAGGAAAGCGACAACGCUGUUCUCGAACCCCCUUCAGCGGAGGCCUGUGUGACCGCGAAGACUCCAGGACCCCAGCAAUAGACACUUGAGGCACCUUGCUGAUGUAAACAGUCCAAUACGUAUCUCAAGAUAUAUAGGAUACAUGUAGUAUAUAUGUAGAUGAAUAUAGAGGAAUAGAAACAAAUGGUGUAAGUAUUUGUGUGGACAUCAAGGGAAUAUCUGUGUCGUUCGCCGUUGAGUGUGGAGUUCAACAGGCAUGAGCACGCAUUUUCAGAGGGCGGCUUGCAUGCGCCACACUGUCUGCGAAUCCGUGUUUGUGUAAAGGGAUAGAAGGCACAGGUCGAGACACAGCGGAGUGUGAGGGCGACUUCUCGCUUUUAUCCACCCCAGUUACCUGAUUUUUCAGGAGACACGUGGGCAACGCGUCUGCAGAGCUAAAAACUCACCAGAUAUCCCGGCGCUUUCGUGCGCCUUGAACAUGGUUCCGCGUUACCGGGAAAACACAAGUGUUUGCGCAUGCAAAAGUCGUAAUUCGUGACUUUGAGAGUCGAGCCCACAGUGAUCUUCGCCUCUAAAAUAUAAUGGCGUUUGUAGAAAGACAACGGCGUGUCUGUCGCCGUCUGUCUGCGACUGUGGCCUCAAAUGCAUGCGUGUGCGCAUGUGCGGCACAUUGACGCUCAUAGAAAAGUACUUUUUAGGUGUAUCCGUGGAGUGCGCGAAGGUUUCUUUUCGCCUAUACUUCCAGCUCCGGAGCGUGUGAGUUUUUCGUAGAGUUUCUGCAGGCCUCUGGCGAUGUUAGCACCAAGAUUGAGAGUUCCGCGCCAUGACAAGUUCACAAGCCCGUGGAUUCGCGAGUCGCUCCCGAGACAAGUCGGAAGUCGCGUUCAGGAACGAGCUAAACUCACACUCGUAAAUAGGGGUCUUUUUCGUAUCGAAGUGCACGUGCGCGCAAGCUCGUAGGGCUAGCUUCAUAUGCGCCGAAAAAACGUGGCUGCGUGUACAUCUUUUCACGGCUGUCCAUGGUUAACAUAUAUCUGCGUAUAGAGGCGUAUGCGCGUGUGCACACCUCACGACCCAGUGUACCGUGUUGUUGCCAACCUAUCCGAUCACCGGAAUGCCCUUCUGUGUGAACGUUUUGCUUCUUUUAAUCCGUGGAGUAUACAUUCAUGCAUCAUGCGGCUGGCCCGUUUGCGGAAGCGAAGAACCUGCGAGUCAGUUGAAUGCCACCCGGUCUUUAGGUAACGCUAUGAGGAAAGAAGUGGCCGGUCUGGUAGGACAGAAGAGCGAGCAGCUUUCGACUUUUUGACUAUCGUAUUUCAGACAGGAAGGUGUUCAUGUGGGUGAAAGGAAGAUGCCAGCAGGUCAUUCUAGGGGGGAGACGGCUCUUAAUGUCUGCUACGGUCUCUUUCAUUCCUUUUAGUCUAGUCCAGUCGUAGUCCACAAUCCUCAUCCCAUACCCAACUAAAAAGGAGCCACCAAGUGGGGUUUAUCACUUCCCGUGUUGUGUUGUUGUUGUGAUGUUUCCUUCUUUUGGAGAUCACAUGUCACCUGAAGAAAGUCUUCCGAUGCAAGCAAACCACCUGUAGAACUUCGCUCUAUGGUUAGAUUGCACGCGACGCAUAAAUCUAUCAUACCCCAUGUAGACGCGAGCUAGGA